CUCCACAUUAUGUUCUUUGACUUGUCAGUAAUAUUAAAAAAGUGUUUUUGACAUUUCUUUGACGUGACGUAUUUUAUUUGUGUUUGUGUAAAAUUUUGUGUGUAUACACACGUACAUUUGCGUUUGCGGUGUUGUUUUCACGGAAGAUAUUUUUAUUUUUUUGGUUGUGCUGAAAGAUAUACCUAGUUAUUUAGUUAGAGAACUCGAGAAGCUGUGGCAUGUGGCCACGCUAUUUGUGGUGUGUGUAAUAAAAAAGAAUUAGUCUGCAUUAUGUUAGUGCUAUUUUUGUUCAAAGUGUAAAUAGUGAAAAUAAACAGUUCCAGCUUUGGAGGCUAAAACAAAUGUGUGUACUAGAACAGGAGGACGCAAUAAUAAAUUCAUUGAACAUGACUUUAGCUGCCAGGCUCACUACUCCACACUAUUCAUGUGUCGAUGUGGAUCUGCCCUUCAAUGGCUGGCAAUCGGCAGUGGGGAGCUGUCCGAACUGCAGAAACGAGUUGCGGGUGACACUUGCUCCGAUUCCCGGGAAGAGGCCACCCCAUGGACCACACUCCCCUGUCAUCCUAUCUCGUAACAACCGCUUCGAGCCGACAUACUUGCCCAACUCUCAUCUGUACCCACCACCCCGUACAACCCUGUUGCCAACAGCAUAUAAUAAUGAACUUCAGAGGCUAGCUGACACUUUGAAUGCGCUAAGGCUAUCAGGGUGGUACUAUGGAAAUUUAGACUUACAGGGUGCAAUAAACAUGCUGAAAGAGGCGAGCGUGGGAGCGUUCGUGAUCAGAGAUUCAGGAGACAGGAAUUUCAUUUUCUCACUGUCAGUGCAGACCGACCGGGGACCCACCUCUGUCCGGCUACACUACGAACACGGCUUUUUUAGGUUAGACUGUGACAGGCCACUAGUGAAAUACAUGCCGCGAUUUCGUUGCGUGGUAGAUCUCAUCCAAUACUACACGCGGGUGGGUGAGCGGGGGGCAUUGGGCACGGUGUGGGUCAACCGCGAGGGCUGCGAGCACUCCCCCGUGCUCCUCCGGAACCCGUACCGGAAGGCGCCCCCCAGCCUCCUCCACUGCGCGCGGCUGGCGGUUCACAAAGCCCUCGACUCCAACCCUCUCAAACCUAAACUCUGGUGUGCCCCCAAACACCGACUUCUUCCUCUCCCCUCAACCCUUAUAGACUAUCUCGGUGAAUACCCCUAUUCGAUCUAACUUACCCUUUAAUCGUUAGUUAUUUAUUUAGUCAAAUCGCAUCAGACCGAUGCUGAAGAUAUUAGUUUGUGGAACUGAGCGCGCGGAAUGCAAUACGUGCAAGCGCCUACGAUCAACGCGUCAAGAAUGCCGUUGAAAUUUGACUCCUACUGCCAUGUGUUAAAGUUCAAGUGACAUGGCGUUGUGCGUACGCGCAUUAUCAUAAUAUCGUAUUCUAUCUGUACAAAUGCAUUGUAUUUAAAUAUCUAGUACAGGAUACUAGAAUUAAAGGGCCGGAACCUUUAGCAAACUAACAUUAAUUUAUACAAAAAAAUAAAAACUGUAUUAUUCGUAAGUAUUCAAUAUGGGACUCAACUAUGGUAUUUAGUGGAAUAUUUACGCAAAUUUUAUUUCGUUUUUAAGUUGAUUCUGUCUGUAUAUAGAGAUGAUUUAUGAGAACAACAGAAAGACUGAUGAUUGUCUAAAUGUAUCGCUGUACGAAUGCCCCCUGCUGAAUGACAUUGUACUAUAAAAGGUAAAUUUUUAGUCAAUAUUCAAUUGAAAAAAGAUUUGAAAAUUUUAUGUAAAAGCUUUUUUUUGUAAUUUUUAUUCGAAUCAUUUGUAAAAAAAAAACUAAAUAUGUACAUCCAAACACAGUAACACACAUAGACAAUAAACAAAUAAGAUAACUUAAAAACGAUUUUUGUUCAUGUAUUAUUUACUAUUUAAAGUAACUACAAUGGCUUUUAUAAAAUAUCUUAACUUCAAAAUUCUUUAAUCAAAAUUCGUCAAAAAUUUAAAAACCUAAAACUAAAUCUACCGCCGACUUCCAAAGCCUUUCAAUGAAUUUGGUCUAAAAAUUUACCUUUUAUAAUCAUUUUAUGCUGCAAUAAUGCAUAAGGGCCUCCACUACUGUAUUGUUAAAGUAAAAUGUUCACUAAUGCCUAUUCUUGUCCAUUGUCUUAAGAAAUCAUCACAUUAUUUUAUAGAGCUAUAUUUCUAUUAAUUUAUUCUCGUUUAAGUUUUAGGUUACACGUUCACUAUGGCAUAGAAGACUACAAAUCUUCACUUUAUUAUGACAUGUAGUUAGAAAAAUUGUUUUAAAUUUCCGUUUCAUAUUAUAGUGCGGCGUACUGAUGAAAGAAGCGAUAUUCAACAGAUCGUAAGAUUUCCGCCAAAUUUUGGUGAAUAUUCUGAUUUAGUGAAUAACGAUUCGUGAAGUGCUAUAACUUCAUCUUGUUCCUAUAUCCCUGUUAAGUCUAGAUUGUCUAUGUUUCCUCCGAACCCUCUGGCGCCUUAAAAGUUUAGUUAUAAAUUAUAAGUGCCAUCGAACCGAAUUCGCCGCAAAUGUAACCAGACGGAAGUAUGAGGCUGAACAUGUAAAUAUUUGUUUUUGUUUUCUAUUUAUUUGCUAAAUUUUAAAUAGGCAGAUGCGACUAUACCAUUUACAAAUAAUAUAUAUUUAUUACGCGCCAAACAGGUUUAUAGCGAGCACUCGCGGAUAUAGAGUGAGAGGUUGUGAGAAUAGAAAGAGAUAGUGCGAAAAAUGGCGCUCUCGCGUUCCGCAGUGUUCGCUUCAUAAGUUUGAAGACUACAAAAUGUUUUAAAUAUAGUGCUAGAUGCCAUCAGCGCCAAAGUGGCUUAACCCAAAAUAUCUAAUAUUAUUUACAUAUAUGUAAUGAAAAUUAUUUUUUAAUUAAUGAAUUUUACAAAUUAAUUAGCGUCAUACUGCAUAUCUUAAAUUUAGGCCACUUUUGCGCUAGUGUCUCUAAAAAUGGUAUAUAUGCAACUGUAAUGUGACAUACUAAAACCAUGUAAUGGUUGUGUGUAAUAGAAUAGCAGGUUAGUGACAAUCACUAAUAUAGAAUAAAUUGUGUACCUUACAUAAUCUCAAUUAGAUUGUAUUUAGGUUCCACUAUAUUGUAUCUAAGUAUUUAUGUAUUUAUCCAUCGUUAUAUAAUAAAUAAAAGUUUUUAAGCUCGGUUAAACAAAAAACUAUAUAGAUCAAUAUCAUUUUGUGUUACGAACUAAAACUAUAAAACCAGUGGUCUUGAGUUUCGAGUACAUUAAUAUAAAUGGCCAGUAAUGCAUUAGGCAAUGCAUAAAACAUUAUAUGUUAAUGCAAUUUAUUAUAAUGCUCGUAGUUUUAAUUUAUUUUGUAAUGUACUUGAAAACUUCAUUACUUACCCGAUCUUAUGUUUCUGAACCAAGAGAGCAAAUGAGACUCCGAAUAGCUUACUCUUUCGUUCGUACGAAUAAGUAUCGCGUGAGAGCGAAAUGGUUAUAAUUUGCGUCGUCUAUAUCUUCUCCAGAAACAUAGUUUAACAUACUGAGCUUAAUGGAACAAUCGACUGCAAGUCAAGUUACCCUUAGUACUUUAUUGCGGCGGAAUUAAAGGCGAAUUUGCAAUGAAUUUACGGUACAUUUAAAACCUAUCCAAAAUAUUUGAAAAUUCGCCGGUGUUGCCAUGGCUCAUAAAGGAUAAUUUGAUAUGCAGUUGACUGUACUACUAUAAUAAAGUUGUUCAUUGGUUUUAUGGUGUAGUUAUGUCAGCCUCAUAUCUAAUUAUCUGAAGAAGAAUAGGGCAACACACGACCAUGCGGUGAAUGUCAAAAUGGCGGGUCCAACUGUUAAACAGACUUGUUCAUUUUCGGGCAAAAAUUAAAUCACGUGUGAUUCAUUCAACUUGACAUUCACUCAUGCGGCUUAGUUCUUACGCCUUGUCGUUGUGUGAAACUUCAUAAUAUGGGUGGAUAUUAUCAUUUAUAUUUUAAAACAAGAUUAUUUUUAUACAGCUUUGUAAGGGGAAGGCACCAACUAAAUAAGUGUGACAUAAUAGAAAAAACUUGUGUUUAAUUUUUGUAGAGUAAUGUAUGAAAAGAACUGCAAAUAAUUUAUAUACAUACAGAAAACAAAUACAUUUCUGUGUAUAA